AUGUCCCUGUGGGGUUACCGGACCAUGUACUAUCGGACAGAAGGACCAGGAGGUCGCCGCCAUUUUGGUGGAUUUGGAACACAUUUCCGACUCGUGCUGAUGGGCAUGAUCACCGCCUACGGCGUCUGGUUCUGGAUCGAGGGCGUCGAGGACGGCUUGAGCGACUGUGAUCGACGUAGAAACUGUGGCGGUUUGCAAUCAUUCUUCGUCGUGCCCGUUAAAGUGGACAGUUGGGCCAACAGAAGCAUCCAGCUCGUGGUAAGCGUCGGCGCAGCCACAUAUUACGGUAUCAUGAAUCUUGCCGCGCUUGCAGGCGGAACAGCAUAUAUCGUCCGUCGCAUCGCGGGUAAAGCAGUCCACUGGGAACUGAUCAAAGAGCAGGAUUCGAGCGUCAACUUGACGAAACGAGAGCUCACGAAAUGGUAUAUCGGCCUCUCAUGCUUCAAUCUUGCAUGGAUUGUCUACGCGAUCGUCAGCAUCGAAUUCACCCUGAACUUGAACCACAUGAACAACGUCAUUGGAACUUCAGGCCUCGUCGGCCCAGGUCAAUUGAUUCCUUUGGCGAUCGGCCUCCUCAGCCUCACGCGGGUACUAUACAUACUCUCACGCCAGCACAUUCCGUGGCUUCGAAAAAAAAACAGGGGCAGCAACGAUGACGACGAUAGCCAAGUCGGACACUUCUCUCCAACGUCCGACCGGAAUUACAUAGCUGGCAUCGGCCUCACCAUGACAAACACCCAGACCAUCUAUUCGCCGCACUCUUCUUCGCCCGGCCAGACACCGUCGGUGGAUAGAGGUUCGAUCUCGACGUUACCGCCACUUCCAGCGAUAGCGGCUCCGUCACAGAGACGAUCGCUGCCGCACCGCAUCCUACUAGCAUGGCUGCCUUGGCUCGGGCUUUUUGAAUGGUCCAAGCAUUCGCUCACCCCGUCGUUGGGCCAUUAUUCGAGUUUCGGCGGUCUGAGUCUGAAUGGUCUCUAUGUGCGGGGUGGGAAGGCGACAAAGACCAAAGAUGCCGAAGCUGGGUUCGAGGUUACGAGAAGGACAGAACCAGCAUUCGAACUCACGAAGACUCGAACAGUCGAUUCUGGCAUGAAUCCGCAGGCAAUGAAGCCACUACGAUAUUCCAAGUCUCGCUACGUCCGGAUCAGAAGCCCUCCUGGUCAGCAGCAUGAUCAUGACCAUGAUCAAAGUCAGCCAUCGUCGACGACCACGACGACCAGUCCUGUAGAAGUGUCAAUCAACACAAAAAGGGAAAGGGAAAGGGAAAACGAACAGCCAUCGAUAAUCACGGCCGGUCUGCUGAGUUCCCCGCCGCAAUUGGCUCCCGGGCAGAAAGGGUUGAUGUCUCCAGACACGGGUGAUAACAAGAUGGAUAUCCAGGUGGAUUUACAGGGCCAGCGACGGUCAGAAUCAAGUGAGGUUGGGAUCACAGGACAUGCUAGAGGCAUCUACGAUGGAGAAGGUUAUGACCAUGACGAUUACGAAGAUUAUGAUAUAAGUUGGCGAUCUCAUGAAUGA